UUCCCUUCUAAUAUGCAAAAGAGUCAGUGCGCCCUCUUGUGGCAGUAAACUGGAAUUGCAGGACCGUGUUGAACACCCACUCGUUGUUGAGUAAAGUGUGAGUGCGUGUGGACGUGGGUGUGAUCAGGGUGUGAACGCAGGUGACACAUUAAUGAGGGGCUAAAGCUCUUGCAGGAUAGAAAAGCAGAGCAGGCAGGAACAGGCAAAGAUCAGACACUGAGAUUCAACUGGAACAGGAUGACUGCUGAGAAGACGAGUCUGAGAGAGGGAUUCCUGGUGAAGAGGGGUCAUUUUGUUCACAACUGGAAGGCACGUUGGUUUGUCCUGCUGCCAGAAAAACUGCUCUAUUAUAAAUAUGAAGGAAGUAAAAGAGACUCGUGUCAGAGAGGGAAGNNNCUGCUGAAGGACUGUGUUCUGACUUGUCCUUUUCUGGAGUAUGAAAAUCGACCGUUGGUAUUGAAGCUGAGGACGGCCAAUGGAGUUGAUCAUUUCCUGGAAGCUUGUUCUAGAGAGGAGAGAGACGAAUGGGCCGCUGACAUCACAGCUGCCGCAGACGAGCUGAAGACACAUGCUGGAGCAAAGACUGAGAUCCAGCAGCAGGAAGCUGUAGUUUCACAGUUGAACAACAUAAACCUCAGCAAAGUGUUGGACUCCAUGUAUGACGUUCACAAAGGAAUAAAGAUGGGCAGCCAUAUGGAGCAGGGCAGCACCUACAGCAACUGCUUCUCAGGUUCAGCGGUGGUGGACUGGCUGGUCUUCAUGCAGCUGGCUCUGAACCGUGCCGAGGCUGUGACUCUGGCCACUGCUCUGCUGGAGGAGGGUCUGCUACGGACUGUUGGUCAGAGGAGCCACGAGGCUCUGAGAACGGCAGGACUCACCGAUCAGUUCAUGGACGACUCCACGGCACUGUACGCCUUUUCUGACAGCAUGAAGAAAAGAGGCAGUGUGAAGGCAGAAACCUCACUGUCGGCAGUGGAGCUGAGUGGACAAGUGAUAAAGACAGGAUAUCUACUCAAACAGGGACACAGACGGAAGAACUGGAAGGUGCGGCUGUUUGUUCUGCGUUCAGAGCCUGAUUUCCUUCACUAUUACGAUCCCACGCGGGAUGACAUCAACCCAGUUGGUGGUUUCUCACUUCGAGGUUGUCUGGUGUCGUCUCUGAAUGAUAACGGAGUUCCUUCAGGUGUGAAAGGAAACAUCCAAGGAAACCUGUUUAAGAUCAUCACUCAGUCCAACACACACUACUUCAUUCAGGCUCCCAGUCUCCAGGAGAAGAUGGACUGGAUCGAAGCGAUCAGACAACAGACGUAACGGACAUUUAACUUAUUUUUUAUUUUUUAAUUUAUGAUGCGGAAAAAACAGCUAAAUUUACACAUUCUGUGAAUGGACUGUUUCAAGAAACAUUUGCAGCAUCAGUUUUGUCUUUUGUAUGAACAAAGACAUAUUUAGAUAUGUCUAAAUACUGUGCACAUAAAUAUAUGUGCAUAUGUAUACAUAUACUAUAUAUACAUACACACAUAUAUAUUAUAAAUAGAGGGUACUUUUAUAGUAUGAGGUAGAAUUAUGUAUGGGAUAAUUGCUGCUAGAAAUUAUGCCUAUAGUAUUUCAGAAAUACUUUUUUUUUUUAUAUUUUCAAUAUCACCUUUCUUAUAUAUAUAUAUAUAUAUAUAUUCCUCUCUAAUUUAGUAACAUAGUAACAGUACUUAUUUCAUAUGUUUAAAUACAAUACUUUCUAUAAUAUAUAUAUUUUAAACCAGGGGUGUCAAACUCAACUUCACUGUGGGCCAAACUUAAUAUUUGUUGAAAAAUGUACUGCAAUUGUU